AAAAAGGUCAGAAGACAUUAACUUUUCAAAGAUUCUUUACUUCAAAUAACAAUGUUUUGAAAUGUCGUUAAUCUAUUAAUUUCAUGACUAGAACCGUUUAUCGCAAAUCUUUGUUGAGAUUUUGAAAAAAUAAAAAGGUAUAAAAGUGAAACGAUAACUAAUGGAAACAAUUACAGAAGAGGAAAUGUUAAACAACGUUGACAUAAGAAAAUCAUACGGGAAAAUUCAUUUUACUGGUGGAGCAAACAGAGAAACAGCCAAGUUUGCCAAAAUAGAUACCAACUCCAAGAUAGAACAUAUAUUUGAUCUGUUUGUAAAAAAAUGGAAACUAGGCCAACCACGCCUCGUUGUAUCUGUAACAGGUUCAGCAACAAGUUUUACUUUGAAUCCGGAGCUAAAAAACUGGUUUACAGUUGGAAUCUUGAAGAUUGCAGGAACUCCAGGAACAUGGGUUAUAACUGGUGGAACAAACUCUGGUAUAAUGAAAUAUGUCGGUGAGACUUUACAAGGAUUUAGCAAAGCAUGUAUUGGAAUUGGAGCAUGGGGAACAAUUGCAAAUACAGAAAAAUUGAGAGUUGUUGGGGAACAUGUUUUGUAUGAAGUUGAAUAUAGUUUGGGUUCAAAUGUUGCUUUUUUAGAUCCAAAUCAUACUCACCACUUGUUGGUUGAUGAUGGGUCUUUUCAAUCAUUUGGUGCUGAAUUAAAACUCCGAUCAAAAUUAGAACUUUACAUUAAUAAGAGUGGAGCAUCAUCAGUUCUUAUAGCUUUAAAUGGUGGUCCAGCAAUGCUCUCGAUUGUACAUGAUGCUGUUUUAAAUAAACAAUCUGUUUUCAUUAUUGUUAACAGCGGUCGUUGUGCUGAUUUAAUUGCUUUUGCAUACAAUAAUAUAUCUGAUGAAAUUUUAGAAAAAAUAAGUGCAAAAACAUAUUUUGCUGUAAAUAUACUGGAACAAAUAUGUGAGUUUUUACCAGAGUUAGAUACAGAAGAGAAGCAACUAAAUGGAUACAAAAUACUGAUGGAUUGUUUAGAAAAUAAAAGAUAUAUCACACUUUUAGAAAUGUCAGAAAAAAAUAGUUUAGAUGAAGCGAUAUUAAGUUCAAUUUUAACAGAAGAAAAAUCUUUGUUCAAACAGCUUUUGAUCACUUUGUGGUGGAAUCAACCAGAAAAGGCCAUGGAUUGUAUUUCAAAAGUUGCUAAAUUAGCUUCAGAGAAUGAGGAAAAAGCUCUGAAAAAUGCAAUGGUUGUAGCUUUAGCAGUCAAUCGUGUGGAUUUUGUGAAAUUGUUUUUAAGUUAUGGUAUUAAUAUACAAACUUUACUCACAUUAAAUGUUCUUGAGUUUCUUUAUGGUUACCGAUACAAAGUUACUCAGUUAAAAAAUAAACCUAACUUAUUAAACUACUUUCAUAUAAUCAAAGAUUUAAAACCAGCAUUGGAUAAUAAGACUUCUGAAGAUUUAAAGAUUGUGAUCAAUUUGCUCUGCUCAUAUGAAAAUUUAGAUCCGUAUCAUGUUUCAAUAUCUUUAAAAAAUGUAAAAGAAGCUAUACAAAAGGCUUGUUACUUAUUCAGUAAUCAUGAAAUUGAUUUGUUUAUAAAGGAAAAAGAUUACACUGCUGGUCAUUUCUCUUAUCCUUUUAAAGAGCUUUUUUUCUUUGCUUUGGUUAAUAACAUGCAUAAAAUGGCAACUUACUUUUGGAGUUUUGAAGAACAAUCUUUAGCUAAAGCUUUUUUUGGAAGAGAAAUUUGUAAAUACUUUGUGAGAAAAGCAAAAGAAUAUGAUCUACCUGAUAAUGUUGUGCAACGUUCAAAACAAAAAGCUGAGGAUUUUAGCAAGUUAUGUGUAGAUUUACUGAAUCAGUGUUAUGGGACAGAUCGAAUGCUCACUGAAAAACUUCUCACAUGCAGCAUUAUUCAAAAUAGGAAUACUACAUGUUUAAGUUUAGCUGUUUUAGCAUAUCACAAAGAUUUUGUAUCCCAUCAUGCAGUUCAAAAUUUGUUAAAUGACGUUUGGACAGGGUAUAUCAAAACAAAUUUAACAUGGUUUCAAUAUUUGUUUGCAAUUUUAUUUCCACCAUGCAUAAGUUUACUAGAGUUUCAAGAAAAUUUUACAUAUACUGAAAUAGAUUCAUCAGAAAAUCAAUGCAGUUUAAUUAAUUGUUGUUCUUUUUUAUGUAAAAAAAAACAACGCUCUGUUUACGCUACAUGCAUAAACCUUGAAGAACAGAAAAAGAUGCAUAGUGCAAGAGAUGAAGCUUUGCAUUUAAGCAGUUCAAAGUUCAUUUUUAAAAAUAAAAAAAAAGAAAUUAAGAAUACAAAAGAAAAACCAAUUAAUCAAAAGAUGAGUUUUAUAAAUAAAGUGUGGAAUUUCUAUUUUCAUACACCUGUUGUAAAGUUCAUUACAAAUUUGUUUAGUUAUUUGAUCUUUCUACUUUUGUUUGCAUACGUUGCAAUGUCUGAUACAAAACCGUUAAUUGAGGAAUGGAUUUUGGCAGUUUAUAUUCUUUCCUUUACAAUUGAAGAAAUAAAUGAGAUAAACCAAGAAGAAUCGUUAUUCGUUAAAGGGAAAUUUUGUAAUUGGUGGUCCAGUUACUGGAAUAGAUUAGACGUGCUAGCAAUAUUAAUCUUUUUCAUUGGAUUUGGGUUACGUUUUGAUGAAAGGACUUCUGAUGUGGCUCACAAUAUAUAUGCAAUCAAUGCUGGAAUGUGGGUGCUUCGUUUGCUAAAUGUGUUUUAUGUUAAUAGGAUGCUGGGGCUAUAUGUUGUUAUGAUUUCUAAAAUGUUUCUAGAUAUGGUAUAUUUUUUGGUUAUUCUUUUUGUAUUUCUUUUGGCAUUUGGUAUCUCAACUGCCUCUAUACUUACUCCACAAGAUAGUGAAAAACAUAUGUUUGUUCAAUCAAUAUUUCGUCCUUACUUUAACAUAUAUGGAGAGUUAUUUAUAGAUCGAGACGCUCAAACAAAUAAAACUCGUUUUGGGACAGAUAUGACCAAUAAUUAUGCAGAACCUAUUGUUUGGAUACUUCUUGGAGCGUAUCUUUUGAUUGCUAAUGUUUUGCUUUUAAAUUUAUUAAUUGCCAUAUUUAAUAAUACUUAUCAAGACGUGCAAUCUCGUGCUAAGCAAAUAUGGAUGUUUGAACGUUAUGGUUUAAUUCGAGAAUAUGCUAAUCGCCCGCCUUUACCACCACCUUUUAUCAUUUUAUGUCAUAUUUAUAUGGUUUCUAAUUUUUUGAUAAAUCUGUGUUUUGGUAAAAAACAAACAAGGAAAAAAGUUUUAAAAAGUUUUUUGACCGAACACCAGCGACAAGAGAUCAAUGAUUUUGAGAAAGGCUGCAAGUCUCAGCUUUUAACGAAAAACAAAAAUAUUCGAAUAUGUUGUAAUAUCACGCAGUGAUGCUACAAAACUGUUUAUUUAAUAUAACAAAAGAGGUGUAUAGAGCACAUGUCUAAAAUGGCACUUACGAUUUGGCAGCUGCAUGAUGCUCGGCGUAAACUUAAGAUCGGAACUAAUUCUUUAAUAUUAUAUAUUAUAUGAAAUAUUUUAAUAUUAUAUGAAAUGGCUUGUAAUGUUAAGCAAUCAUGUUUUGCUUUAUUUCUAUUUUCUAUGCAUUUGCUGAUUAUGCAAUAAAUUUUGGUGCAAAAUACAUAUUUAUUAA